CAAAAUCGAAAUCAUUUAAAUAUUAAAUUCACAUAGAUUUGUAUGCAAAAAGUAUUAAACAAUUUAAUAAUAAUUCUAAUAAGUUAAAUCUCGAUUAUUCUUAAACGUUCAAGUUUUGUGCGAUACAAAAAAGGAAAAAAAAAUAUUUUCAAGAUUUUAAAAGUGCCUUUUUUUUGUCAAAAGAAGAACAUCAAGCUAUGAGCAGCAACGAUAAAAAGCAAACGUCAAAAGUCGUGGAUUACAAAAAGCAACACAACGACAAAAAAAUGGCUGAUCAUAUGAAUGGAAAUGUGGUAGUAAGGCAGAGAAGGACAAGAAUACCUGAUAAACCGCAUCAUUCUAUCAGUUUAUGGGGCAUUUUGAAAAAUUGUAUCGGAAGAGAUCUAACAAAAAUCGCAAUGCCUGUACAUUUUAAUGAACCCAUUUCAUUUUUACAACGUAAUGCUGAGGAUUUUGAGUACUCUGACUUGUUAGAUAAGGCAGCUAAAUGUAAUGAUAUAUGUGAUCAACUUGCCUACGUAACAGUGUUCUCAUCAACCACAUUUUCCACAUGUUCAGAGCGGGUAGCAAAGCCUUUUAAUCCUUUACUUGGUGAAACAUAUGAGUUUGAUCGAAUGGAAGAUAUGAAAUGGAGAAUGAUAAGUGAGCAGGUGUCACAUCAUCCACCGAUAUUAGCUUCUAAUAUUGAAUCGAAGAAUGGAUGGAAAGCUUAUCAGCAGCUGCAAAUUGAGACGAGAUUCCGUGGUAAACACAUUACAGCCAUAUCCAAUGGUUAUUUUCGCAUUGAUUUUGAAAAUACUGGUGCUACUUAUACCUUCAAUCGUCCCAAUUUUGAUAUUUAUAAUAUAAUAUUCGGUAAAAUGUAUGUUGACAUUGUCGGUGAAGUACAUGUCAUUGGACAUAAUGCAGCUAAAGGAUGGAAGGCUACCUUAAAUUAUAUACCACAAACAUUCUUUUCAAAACAACCUCAGCGUAUUGUACGCGGUACAAUUCAGGAUAUACAAAAUAAUGUAAGAUUAGUCAUCAAUGGACAUUGGAAUGAUUUUAUAACAACUGCACGUGUUAAUGCCGUCCAUCAUGAAAAUAAAACUGAAAAGUAUGACACAGACGAGCCUGUUGAAAUUUGGAAGAAACGCUUGCCUCCACCAGAAUCACAAUAUUAUUACCAUUUUACUUCUUUUACUUGCCAAUUAAAUGAAUAUGAAGAUGGAGUCGCGCCAACAGACUCACGUCUCCGUCCUGAUCAACGUCUAAUGGAGGAAGGAGCGUGGGAAGAAAGCAAUCAUGAGAAAGUUCGUCUCGAAGAGAUUCAAAGAGAUAGAAGAAAACAUGGCAAUGAUGUGGUUCCGCUGUACUUUGAAAAACAACCAGAAGAGUUCAGUGAACAUUUUGUUUGGAAGUAUGUCGGCAACUAUUGGGAAAAUAAAGCUAAUCAAGACUGGAAAAAGUGUCCCAAAAUUUGGUAAAUCAGAGCUUAUUUAAACGCAAUCAAUUUUUUUAAAGACGGUACCAGACAAAGAUUUUAAUGUGAUGUAUUGUAACCAAAAAAGAGACGAGAAAGGGAUUAUAUGUAGACAUUUAGGGGUCAUUCACCCACCUUCAUAACCUGAAUUGAACAUGAUGUCGUAAAGUUGCAUUUAAAAACUGAUUUCAAGGCUCCACCUACACUUAACUCCAGAGCUCAAAGUCGACUCAGCUCCAUACAAAAUUUCAUCGACUUCAAGCUCUGCCUAGCUCUAGACUAGGGGGGGGGGGGGGCUCUAUAGGUGUAGAUGUAUGAC